UUUAGAAAUAUUUGUUAUUUAUUUUCUUGGUCUAUAAAAGUUGUUUAUAAAAUAUGUGUCAGUUGUUUUUUGGGACUAGUGACCGUAAAAGCGUUAAUUUAAAAGUUUGUCCCUUACCUAAUUUAAUUAGUUAAAUUUUUCUAACGAAUUGUAAUUUAGAGGUUAAGAAUUUUCCAGUUACUAUACAUAUUGUGGAGCAGGGUUUUACAAUCGUGAAUAUGAGGACUUAUAAACGUAGGGAUGUGUUGAAGGAGUGCAUACAACCGAUUGAAGGUGUCCUUGGUUUGUGUAGACUGUGCCUUGAACAAGCGAAAGACAGUGUCCCUAUAUUUGCGAAUAAGAACGAUAUUUGCUCUUCGCUAGCAACUAAAAUCAUGAUAUGCGUUGGCUAUGAGAUCACCCAGGAAGAUUGUCUGCCAAAUACAAUAUGCACAGAGUGUCAGAAGGAAUUAAAUAACUUUUAUGAAUUCAGAAGAAAAUGUAACAGGACAUACCAUAAACUAAAAAAUCAUUUAUUUGCUGUGAAUGCAAGAGUAGCUAAUGAACUAAAAGCUAAGCAAGAUCAGGAAAAGACAGAGCAAGUUGUAGAUAAUACAGUUUGUUUAGCCAGCCAAUCAGUUUGUAUAGAGGGUCCGGCAGUUGGUCAGCCACUCAGUCAAAUAUUAGAUCAGUCAGUUAAUCAACCAAUCUCAACUUUAGUCAGUCAGUCAGUGGUGGUAACAAAAGAUCAACUUAUACUUGAAUUUGAUGAUAUUACACAGUUAGCAUUUGUGCAUUUUGAACCUGGAUACCAGAAUGGAUUUGCUAAUAAUGUAGAAAAUAUCAAUGGAUUUGCAGAGGGAGCUACUAUUAAUAAAGGUGUUGAGCAUAUUACCAAGGAACCUAUUCAAGCAAACACUCCGCUAGAAGUGUGUCCAGAUAUCACAGAGUUCCUCUCUUCAGUUCUUGUAGAGAUGGGCAUUCUGAAGAAACAACAAAACGAGCUGCAAUUAAUGAACGAAGAAUGCAAAACUAUAGAGUUAGAGACUGGUGAUAGUGCUCAAAUCACUUUGGAAAUAGUUCAAAUUGAAGAGGAAGAACAGAAAACAAUAAAGAAAAUGAGGAAAGUUAAAGGCAAAACAAAAAACGAUGACACAAUUACACAAAAGGACGAGUCUGAGUCGGCACAUGAUGCGCCACUCGGGCCGUCAGUUCCCGUGCCCGCAGUGCGACCGCCGCUUCAACGACUACAGUUCGCUGCGCCGUCACGCGCGCUGCAAACAUGCGUGCGCGGAGGUGUAGCGCAGGCAUGCUUGCGGGGACUGGAGACACCCUUACCAUGGAGCCCUGAAGGACCUCCGUUAACUUCAAUGGGGCGAGGGAGCAAUGCCGUGUUUGAGCAGUGCGGAAAAGUAACGCAGGGUCCUGUCAACUUAUGUGGAGCGAGGCAGCAGUGUAGAAAAGUGACGCUGAAUCUUGUCAACUAAAGCAGAACGAGGAAGCAGUACAUAGAAGUGAUGUGAAGUGAAAUUCAGGUCCAAUGCCUAUGCCUAUAAUAAAGUAGACAGUAGUGCCAAUACUGUAUAUAAAGAUCAAACAAAUAAUUCUUCUGAAGUACCAUGAUUAAUAUAAAUAAUAAUUAUUAUUAUUCUAAGAAGAGCGUGCACAUCCACAUUGGGUAUAUAAUUGAAAAGAAAGGUUCAGAAUGGUAAAUUUUUUAAGACUUCCACAAUUACGUGUACUAAUCUCGUUCUGACUCAGACUUGUAAUAGUUUCGAACUAUUUAAUAAAUUAGAUUUAAUUCAUCAAAUCA